AUGCAUUCGGGGGGAUUGGCACGCAAUAGGCUAAGCACCACACCCUCAGAGGCGGAAUUGUCCCUAGAACGUCUCGUGAAGCUGCAUCACCAGGAUGAGUUCCUUAGCGAGAUAUCGCGUGGUUUUGCGGACCGGGUAACUUCGGCGGACCUCCAGGAUCCUGAAAUCCGUGAUUCACGUACGAAUCCACGCGUUCUGGAGCACCGAAUCAAGAAGCAAAAGGGAUACGCAAAAUGGUACAAACUCAAAUACAAGCAAGUGGUCGCAAAGAAAGAAUUUCUUCAUCUUGUACUAUCAGACCCAGAGAGAAUAACACACGGGGAUAACGAGGAUUUCAGAAAGCUCAAUCUGCAGCAUAGGGCUCAACUUGAGUCUUUGAAGCAGACUGUCGAAGAUGUUUGUCUCCAGCUUGACAGAACCUCACACGCCAUCAAGGAUCGCGAGGAUGCUGUCAAGUCCGGACUCGAACUAGGCCGUGCUAUCUCCCAGAGGAUUAAAGAUGCAAAGCUGGAGUUGGCCAGAAUGCGAGCUUUGAAUCCAAACCACAAGAGAUUACCAAUCUCCAAGGUCAAUGAGAUGCUGGAAGCGCAAGACGAGCGUUUGGUUCUCCUCCAUGACGAGGAUUCGAACGUAAAGGCACAAGUAACGAAUACGAAGGGAUCGAUUGCUCUGGCUAUGAAAGAACUGGAACGCCUCCGCCCAGAGCGAGCUAGGCUCGAAGGCUCCUUAGCUCAGCACCUCCGCGAGAAAGCACACCAGCAAUCUGCAGUCACGAAUCUAUGCGUCUGGCGCCGAGCUCUAAUUGAGCUGUAUUCCAAGUCGAUCGGGUUAGAUGAGGUAACAGUUGCUUCAGAGAACGAGCUGCAUCUCGUGUAUUCGAGCCCCCUGUCCUACACCUUGUCUAUUAUAUUCAAUCCUGCCUCUCAGCGUCUGGUCAGCGCGAGGAUUCUUGGCCUCGAUAUUGACAUCUCUGAAAUGGUUGAAGUCGCCGUGGAUGCAAACGACGUUGUUGGAUUAAUUAAUAAUGUGCGUAGUCAAGUUGCAGGGACGCAGUCUUGGGAUACAUAGCUAGCAGAUAUGUAAGCAAUGUGUAAUUUACCGUCUCUAUUUUACACCCUUGGCCUUGCCGAUCACUACGUAGCUGUGCAAUCAGCUUCUUGCUCUG